AAAACAUAUUCUCGUGUUUCAAUAAACACACACACACACACACACACAUUACUUUUGUAGUUUGUUUUUACUAAAGUUUAAUGCCCACAAUAGUAGGCAAUAGUAGGCCUACUCUCAGAAACUUUAUUGUAAACCAUGAACUCGAGUUAUUUUAACAAUCGGUUAGUCUUCCUCGUUGUACAAAUAAUUAUCUUCGCGGCUGUUAAAAAUGCGUAUAGUAAAGGUAACUUAUUUUAUACAAUUAUAUAGUAGUACUGAUUAUGUUAACAUAAUAACGUCUAAAAUGAUGACGUUUGGAAAAAGUUCCUACUUAAUUAUUAUAGUAUUAUUAAUUUUUUUUUUUUUUUUUUUUUUUUUUUUUUGUAGUUAGCGAACAACAGCAAUAUGGUAAGUAAACUAACAUCGUAAACAUAUGUUAUAGGUAUAUAGGUGCAAUAGACAUUAACGAAUUAACAAGUUAAAAGUUGAAUGAAAUUUCACAUUUCAUUUUGAAAAUAUUUUAACGCAGUAUUCAAUUUUCAAUCUAUUUGUAUUCUACCUAUUUUAUUCAAUCUAUUAUUAUAAUUCAUUUACCUACACUAUUUGCAUAUGUGCCAAAAUACAUCGUAUAAAUUAAAAAUUAUUGUUUUCAAUCAAAUAUUAAAUUGAAUUAGGUAAUAAAAUAAUAUUAAAUACCUAACUAUCCGGUUUUAAUGAAACGUGUUUUUUUUUUUCAUUGUAAUUUCAGAUUGUCUACGUAAGCUAUAUGUUAAAUUAUAAUUUAUAGGCCCAAUAUGCAUGUGUUAAGUUUUAUUGUUCAUAAAUUAUUAUUUAGUUUUUUUUUUUUUUAGUUAUACUAUUACACAUUAAAGUUAUUUCCCUACUAAAAUAAUAGGAACACAACAUUAUUGUUUGUUCAAUAACAUUUUAGUAAUUUAUUUAAAUGUUCAAAAAAACCAUCGUGUACAUUGUUUAGGUCAACUAAAACGUGCAGGAUUCGAACGUGAGUACACAUUUUACAAUAUAAUUACAAUAUUGGUCAGUGUUUAUUUUCCUUUAAUUCAUGAAUAUGUAUUAAUAUGGUUAACUAUCUGCCUCUACAAUAUAGUAUUAAGACCUCUAUAGAAAAAAGGGCUUUAGUCAAUUUGGAACAGAAAAAGAAAAUUAGGAAAAAUGACAGAUACUAUGGAACUAUGUUAAGGAAACGAACAAUUAUUGAAAAAUUAUACAUUUUAUAAUGUAAUAAUUACUGUACGCCUACUGAAAAUUGUAAAGAAAAUAUUCCAAAAAUUCACUUAAGCCCUUCUUCCUUGAAGAUGUACCGAAUAACUAACAAAUCGUUUUAAUAUUUCCUAUGCUAUACGAUUUAUAGGGGAAUAUGACGGAAAGGACGCUCUUAUUGUGGCGUAUUUUAAUUUGAGUGAGUCGAUUUAAAUAAAAUAACAUAUGAUAUCAGACAUAUUUAUAUAUUAUAAUCUCCCUAAACAAAGGCGUUCCGAAAAUGUCCACGAUUUCGAAUUUUCAAUUUAGUUUAGGAUAAAGAGACCUACUGUAUACAUUGUAUAAAGACGAGUGUAUACUAUGAAUCAUUCUAAUGGUUUUGUUUAUAUUUUCAUUCGUCACAGUUUGUUAUCAAUGGUUAAAAAUAAAAGGAAAUUAAAAUAUUAAAAACUCAUCCGUAUGAUCCAUGGUAAAUACUUAUCAUUAUAGAAUGUAAAAAUGACCUCUUUGCUCCAAACUCGACUAGAAAGUCUCAAUAGUAGAAAUGCAGAAUUUUUCGCAACUGUAUUACGUGUGAGACAGACAGAGAAAACAAUACCAUAUGUUAAUGCCGAGACCCCUUAAUACAAUUAUGCGUGGGACGAAGGUGGAGAAGAAGAAUAUGAUGUAUAGCAUCGAAUAUUAGAUAAUAACAAUAAUUGUAAUUAUAGAAUAAUAUGACGUCGCAUUUUAUGUUUUUUUUUUUAGCCGAAGAACAUAUCACUCAAUUAAAAUAUAGUACGUUUUUAUAAUUUGUUCUCUCGUUGUAAAUAUUGAGAAUCAGGAUUGAUUUAUAUUCAUUAUUAUUUGAAUCGAUUUCCUAACUGAAUAUACUAUUAUAGUAUAAUAAGUAUUAAUUAUUUUUAAUUUUGGUUAUAGACGAUAUAAAAAUGUAUUUUGGUGAUUUUUUCGAUAUGGACAAUUCUGCAGGUACCCAUUGUAUUAUUAUCAAAAUAUUUUAUAUUAUGUUUUGUGAUUAAAUCAUCCAACUUGAUUGCAAUACAUUAAAAAUGAGAAAGAAUUGCAAUCGAUUUGUUUCUUCGUUUAAGCAUUUAUAAUUGAAUAUUUAAACUCUGAUUGGAUCGAACGCAUUGGAGUUUGAAAUAAAUGAUCACCAUAUGAAACCUUACAAUUCCAACGCGAAAGAGUCAUCAGUAAUAUUCACUAUCACCAGGAAUAAUAUAUAGUAGUCUAAUCAAUAUUGUACUUAAGCUUGCAAUUCACAUUUAUAUUACUCGCGUGUGAUACACGAUUUCUAAAAUUUAAACAAUGGUUGUAUUGGUGCUCAUGUAAAAAUGAACAAGUUUGAUAUUUUUUUUUUUUUUUUUAGAUAUACCGAAUUACCGUUAUUACAUAUAAAUACUUAUAUCAAUAACUAAUCAAUAAAUAAAAACAAUGAAUUCCAACAAAUUAACCGAAAAUAAAUUCAAUAAAAAUCCUCAAUUAUUAUAAGUCUACGUACUGUUUAUUUUAUUUUUAGACGACAGUGAAGUUAAACAGUUGUAUAAUUUGUUCUUCGGAGAGGACACCUUAGGUAUGUAUUUUAUUGUACAUAAAGAACGUACAUCAAUUAUUAAUCAAUCAUCAAUUAUAUAUAUGAUACUGAUAUUUUCACAUUGCCCUAGUAGUGAUGACGUAACUAUUAAUGUGAUAAGGUACUGACUUCAAAUUCGUCUUUAUUUUAACUACCGGUUUGAUCUUUUCGUAUCGGUCUUCAGCUCUAGGUCCCCUUUUUAUUCCAAUAAGCAGUAAUUUGCAUCACCUUGUCUAAAAAAUCAGUUGUCAUCGUACAAUCUUCUUUUCUAAAUUUAAUCGUUACAUAGUAUGAGUAGUAGGCAUUCUAAAAUAUAUUGUGUCUUGCUUCGCACAUUAUUCGACCAUUGUAAAUAACGCCCCGAUGACGGUAAGCUUCAUUACGAAUCGUUUCAUUUCUGAAAAUUAUGCUCAUUCGUUUUCUUCUUCCACAGGUCUACUGUUUGUUCAUAAUAAUAAUAAUAUUCUCUUGUCGAAUAUUGCUUUUAACACUAAUAUACCUACAUAAAAAUUAAUAUUUUAAUUUCAGAUAACAAUGUAAUAAAACAUUAUCACAAUCAUCUCUUCGAUAACGUCAUAGUCGGUAUGUGUAAAUAAAUUCAAUUGAAUCCAUAUUUAUUAUAUUAGGUUAGAUUAAGGUUUACUUGUGAUCCUACUUUGACGAGAAUCGGGGAUAUAUUAAAAUCAAAGACAUUACAAAAAAAUAUUGUUUACCUAAUGUAAUAUAAUAAUAACCCACCUAAAUAUUUAUUGGCACCUUUACAUGCAUAAGUGAUUGAUUCGUUAGUAUGAACGAAUACGACUAAUAAUUACAGUGGAAUAGCCAGGAGAAGGGAGGGGAGGGUUAAAGGGUUAUAUCCCUAUCUGAAAAAUCGCUGACACAAUCUCUAUACUUUUUAAGACUUACAAACGUACAUAUUGUUUAAAAUAUAACAACAUUUGGAAUCUAUCAAGUAUAAGCAUACAGAACAUCAGGUAAUGUAUAUUAGAUACCUGGUCUAAAAGUCACCAACCUAAUUCAACAAAAAAGACUUUCUUGACCAUGCGAACUAUAAUAAUAUUUAAUAGAAUCUAAAGAUAUUAUUAUGUUAAGUUAAAAAUAUUAAAACAAAAUUGAAAUACCAUUUUUUUUUUAGAUUACAAUAAAAUUCAAUCACCAAACGAUUUUUGUCGAGAAAAAAUAUCUACAGGUUCGUAAAAAGUAUUUAUUUUAGUAAAAAAUAUUUUAUUUUUUUUUUUUGUACACUCAAAUUUAAAAACACUCGUGAACAGCAGAAUUCAAUCACUAGAAUAUAAUUUUCCCGCAUUAAUCCAUUUCCAAAAUUAAAAUCUACGCAUAUAUGCACACAAUUUCGUCCCAUUGCCUUCAUUUUGGAGAGAUCUGUAGGGAUUUCCCGCUAAAAAAAACUAUUCCCACAACAAAAUGGUGAAAUAAUUUUGAUAUUUAACCCAACUCUUUUUUUAUCACUACAAUCCGCCUGCAAAUGUAUCAAUAAAAAAAAUUAAUUAAUUUAAACACUCAUUCUAAUGUACAAAAUAUAAAACAAUAGCACAAUAUAUUAUACCUGGUAAAUUAUGUAAAUAGUAAGCAUUACGUUAAGUAUAGCUACUUAUGAAAUGUUAAUUAUUUUAAAAUAAUACAGAAUUUCAUUACGAAAAAUAUAAAAAAAUUCUCUUUUUAUUUAUUAUUUUUAACAAAAGAUUCCGCUUCAGAAGAUAAUAUUACGUAUUGUGAAAGUAAGUUUAAAAAUUUAAAUAUAUACAUUUGAGCGUGAGAACAAAAUAAUAGACUUCAAAAUAAUAACUUAUUAUAAUUUAUUGUAAUCAUCGAUCUGCAGAUAAACAUACAGGUGAGGUCGGUAGCCAUAAAGCCGUACCGAUACAUACAAAUAUUUACUACGUGUCAAUCGCAUUUAUUGGUACCUUUACUUUUUAUAAUAAUUAUUAGUUUACACGGAUUUCUGACAAUUAUCUAAAUAGUUGGGCGUUAUACGUCAUACUAAACUAGCUUCCGGUAAAAAUUCGAAAUAUUUGAAAUUAUGAGAUAAAAAUGUACACUAUUAUAACCAUUUGGGACUAGAUUCGAAUAUGGGGUUAAAAACAGGAAUUUCCGUGUAAGAAACUGUAAGUUUUAAUGAAAUUUGCGAAUAUAAUAGCAACGGCACGCCACAGAGUUACAGAUUUCGACAUUUUUACUUAUCCCGAACUAUGUUUUCUACAAGAAAUAUUACUUUAAUGUAUCCUAUCUCAUUAACUUCCCACCUUAAAUAGUGGCGGAUACAUCAACAGUAUCAGCUUUUUCUUUUAAAAUAGUGAAAUAUUUUAUUUAAUGGAUAUUAAAUACUAUUACUGUUUCUAAUAAUAAUACAUAGAUCCGUUAACUGUUGGAGGAUUUGAACGUAAGUUUUUUUAAAUAGUUUACAUAAUAACGAAUGACAAUAUAGUAUUUCAACAUUUUUUACAGGACUUUUUUUACAACUUGACAUUUUAUGAAGGACAAUUUUCUCGAUUCACCCUUACUAAUUUUACCUUAAAUGUGUUCAUUCAUCUUUUUAUCGAAGGUAAAAUAUUAGAUAUACAAAUGAUUAAAAAAAAAUAUAGUGCAUGUAUCAAUAGAAAAAUUUUGUUCUACUGAACAGUUUUCAAAAAUAGGCUACUUCACGUUUUCAUACGCAUUAUACUGAAAUCGGAUUUAACGUGUAUGAGCUUAACCGAUAAAAUUUAAACCACAUGAGUUGGGAAGGGUAAUAAUAAACUGCAUAUCUAUUUUUAGACGAUCGUUUUAGUUGAACUUGGUUUACGAUUACCUAUUCUGAUGUUAAGUUAAUAUGAAAACUUACAAAAUAACGUUGUUUAUUCCCAAGUAGUUAUUUCGCAAACCCAAUAAAUAAAGUUUAAAAAUGAUAUAAAAAUAAAAUUUAUUUUUUUUUGUUUUAGUCAUCGGUCAAAUUCUAUCCCUAAAAUCGCAUGUAUGUCUAGAUAAAGGUAAUUGGAAUGUUAUAUAUAAACAUCAUAAUAAGCUUAAAGCUCUAAACAAUAAUAUAUUUGAAUUCAAAUGAAUAAAUUACUAAAUGAUUACGUUAAUUUAUAUGUAAUAGAAUCUCCGUCGAAAGAGAUGUUGAAUUGUCAAAGUAAGUUCAAUGAAUCUGAUUGUAUUAUUAUAUGUUGAUACGAUAAAUUAUAAUACCGUGUCAGUUAUAAAUAUAAUUACGUUAAUUAUAUAAAAAAAUUAAAAUAAUAUUAUAGACCAACUAAGAGUCGGCGGAUUCGAUCGUAAGUUCAUUUAUUUUGUUUUAGAAACAAUGAAGUUUUGUUGUAUUCAUAAUUUUUAAAUUUUAACUCCUUUGUUUUUUUCUUGUUAACUGUAUAUGAAUAAUAAUUAUUCAUUUAUACAAACAUAUUCUAUAUUAAUUUAGAAUUUGAUUUAUUAUUAUUCUUUAGAUUUUAUUAUUAUUAUUAUUAUUAUUUUUUAGUGCAUCUUAGUAAAGAAUAUAUUCUCCAUUAUUCAUUUUUCCGAACGGGUGAGUAUAUAUUAUAUAUACAAAAACAAAAAUACCUUGGUAGUUAACUUUUACAUAAUCGAUAAUAUUAUUACUGUUCUUCAGAGUUGUUCUAUAGCGUAUAUUUAUUAAAUUUUGAACUGAUAAAGUCCAAUCAAAUUAUAGGAUUCCCAUUAAACGAUAUUGAUAUAAAUUUAAAAACGGAAGCUGUUCAAUUGUAUUUUUACAGCUUUGGUCUCAGGAUGACAAGUUAAAAUUAUCUUAUUAAUUUAUAGUUUUCAAUACAAGUAUAUUAAAUUUUAAAAAUGCAUACACUUAUGCAAUUUAGACAAAAAAUUAAAUUAUACAAAAAUGACUUAGCUCUUUUUCCUGCGGCCAAAUAUAGUAUAAUAAAUAUAUUAAUAAAUUAAUAGUGCAUAAAAAACAAAUAAUAUCGAUUAAUCAUUAUUUAGAUCUAAAGAAGGUUAGUGAAAAAAAUGGUAAGUUUUUUUGCAUAUAUAUGACUGCCACUUGUAGCGGCGUGCCUAAGAAUUUUCAAUGUAAUGGUAACAGUAUACACAGUAACAAUAAUCAAGAAUAAAUCGUAAAACCGUAUUAUUGACAAUUUUAAAGUCAAAUCUGAAAAAAAAAAAAUAUUAGUAUUCAGUUAAUCAAGUUUUUCCUUAUAACUUGGCUAAAAUAAAUACAUAGUUUCAAGAUACAAUUACUAAAUUAAUCCUUAUAUGUAUAUGGUAUAUUUUUAAACAAAUUCAAAUAAAACUCUAGGCGCCUCCUUCCCUGCGCACGUCAUUAGCCUUUUAAACGGUUUUUAUAUUUGUGCUUUAUCAAUUAAAUUUAUAAUUAAUUGAAAAUAUUGCCCGUAUUUAUAUUUUCAAGUAAAAGAAAAAAGAAUACAUUAAAAUUAUUGUUACUUUUAUCAUAAAUAAUUAUAUAGUAAUAAAUUGAACAUGUGAACAAUUUUUUUUUUUUUAGUUUUAACAAAUGAAUACUUCAGAAAUGUAGGAGUUAAUUUUGUUAAUAUGUCGAGUAUGUGUAUAAGCAAACUAUUAUAAAAGUAUAUACCAUACAUUAAAUAAUAAAUUGUAACAAACCUUAACCUCAUUGGUUUUUAAUCGUUUUUAGACAUAGACAAUUUACUAAGUCCAGCUAAGUUUUGUUCUACCCAUGAAUCUGAGGUAUCACAAUCUAAUUCAACUGAAAAUACCGACGAAUCGUUAGAGUCGGAUAAUUAUAAUUUUAACGAAAAAUAUCAAUGAAUUGUGUUGAUAAGUUUUUAUUUUAUUUUUAGUUUUUUAAAUAAAGGUAUCUGAUUUUUAUAGGAACAUUAAUUGUUUACAUUAUUAAACGUAUUGUAUAAAACUUAAAAUAAAAUUAUCGAUUUUAUUUUUACCUAUCUACAACUAAUACGCAGCUAUUUUUACUAUAUUGUACAUAUUACUAUAUUAUUAUAUUAUCUUAUACAAAAUUAUUAUUUAUAAUUUGUAUGUAUAUAAAGAUAUAUUUUUUUUUCCUUUUCUACCCCUCCUCUGUUGAGAAAUCGUGGAUGGAAUGUUGUAACAUUUUUUUUUUUUUUUUUUCCAUUAGUUAAUACUUAAAUAUUUAAAUAUUUGGUUUACAUAUUUUCAUAAUAUUAUAG